AUGGCCGAAGCGGUGAAUCGUUUGGUUCUACUACGCUCAUCCGAUCAAGGCACUCCUUUUGAAGAGUGUGAAGGAGCAAUUGAAGGGUGUAGUGAAGAGGAGAGCAUGGAGCCACAAGAGAAAGAAGAAGAGAACCAGAUGGCGCCUCGUCGACACAGUCGAGGCCGUGGGAGAGCACGUGCCAGUACUCAAGGGCCGAAAACCUAUCCGAAUGACCCGGUGAAUUUCAUGGUUGCAUUACAGAACAUGGCUGCUGUUAUGCAGGCCACUGCUGAGGCACUCGGGCAGCAGAUGAAUAAUAAUCAUAAUAGGGGAAAUGGCGAUAACGGGACUCAAGGUCCGAUGAUGUUGGCGACCUUCUUAAAGGUUAAUCCCCCAAAGUUUAAGGGAACUACCAAUCCGACAGAAGCCAACACUUGGUUUCAUGCCAUGGAGCGAGCACUGCAAGCGCAGUUGGUGCCGGAAGAGCAGUGUGUCGAGACGGCCAAUGAACUGGAGUUACUGCUGCUAAAGCAAGGUGCUAUGUCUGUAUCUGAGUAUACAGACAAGUUUGAGGAGCUAUUCAGGUUUUUCCGCAUAUGUCAAGGAGCUUCGGGAGACUUCGACGAGUGGAAAUGCAUCAAGUAUAAAGCAGGGCUCCGAAGCGACAUCUUCAGCUCAGUAGGGCCUAUGGAGAUCAGGACUUUCUCUGAGUUGGUAAACAUGAGCAGGGUUGCUGAAGAAUGUGUGAAGAAGGCAGCUGCAGAGAGAGGAACCCAUAGGGGACCAUUCCCACCGAAUCAAGGGAAGAGUUUUGCUCCUAGAGGUCUUCCUUUCAAGCGGGGAGGUUUCGUACCCCAGAGGGCUCAGGGACAGAAUAACUUCAGAAGGCCUAACAACAACAAUGUCCCGGGAAGAAGAUUUGGAAAGCAACCUCUGAAUGAGCAGGCUUGUGCUAGAUGUAGGAGUUACCAUCCUGUUGUUCCGUGCAAGGCCGGAUGGGGAUUGUGUUAUUCAUGUGGUAAGCCGGGGCAUAAAGCCUCCAACUGUCUAGAAAAGCAGAGACAGGGUGCUGGGAGAGCACAGCAGCCUGGUCGGGUGUUUACCACUUCAGCUGUGGGUGCCGAGGGAUCCGAGGCACUUAUCGAGAUAAAUGCAAAAUGGCUGGUCAAAUUUUAA